GCUCACCCUGUGCCUCCCCAGUUUGUGCUGAAGAACUAUGGCGAGAACCCCGAGAGCUACAACGAGGAGCUGCGGAAGCUGGAGCUGCUCCGGCAGAGCGCCGUCAGCGUUCCCAGGGAUUUCGAGGGCUGCAGCACCUUGCGCAAGUACCUGGGGCAGCUGCACUUCCUGCAGAGCCGCAUCCCCAUGGGAAACGGGCAGGAUGCAGCCGUGCCUGUCACCUGGACUGAGAUCUUCUCGGGCAAGGCGGUGACACACGAGGACAUCAAGUACGAGCAGGCCUGUGUCCUCUACAACCUGGGAGCUCUGCAUUCCAUGCUGGGAGCCAUGGACAAGCGAGUGUCCGAGGAGGGCAUGAAGGUUUCCUGCACCCACUUCCAGUGUGCUGCCGGUGCCUUCACCUACCUGCGGGAUCACUUCCCUCAUUCCUACAGCGUGGACAUGAGCCACCAGAUCCUCAGCCUCAACAUCAACCUCAUGCUGGGCCAGGCACAGGAGUGUCUCCUGGAGAAGUCCAUGCUGGAUAACAGGAAGAGCUUCCUCGUGGCCCGGAUCAGUGCCCAGGUGGUGGAUUACUACAAGGAGGCCUGCCGGGCGCUGGAGAACUCGGAGACGGCCUCGCUGCUGGGCAAGAUCCAGAAGGACUGGAAGAAACUAGUUCAAAUGAAAAUCUAUUAUUUCGCUGCUGUGGCCCACCUGCACAUGGGGAAACAGGCCGAGGAGCAGCAGAAGUUUGGGGAAAGGGUCAUCUACUUCCAGAGCGCUCUGGACAAGCUCAACGAAGCCAUCAAGCUGGCAAAGGGCCAGCCCGAAGCCGUGCAGGAGGCUCUGAGGUUCACCAUGGAUGUCAUCGGUGGCAAGUACAACUCGGCCAAGAAGGACAACGACUUCAUCUACCACGAGGCCGUGCCCGCGCUGGACACUCUGCAGUCCGUCAAAGGUGCCCCCUUGGUGAAGGCUCUGCCCGUCAACCCCACGGACCCCGCGGUCACCGGCCCGGACAUCUUUGCCAAGCUGGUGCCCAUGGCUGCCCACGAGGCCUCGUCCCUCUACAGUGAGGAAAAGGCCAAGCUGCUGCGGGAUGUGAUGGCCAAGAUCGAAGCCAAGAACGAAGUUCUGGACCAGUUCAUGGACUCCAUGCAGCUGGACCCUGACACCGUGGACAACCUGGACAUGUACGAGCACAUCCCGCCCGUGCUGAUGGAGAAAUGCGCCGCGCUCAGCGUGCGCCCCGACACCGUCCGCAACCUCGUCCAGUCCAUGCAGGUGCUCUCGGGGGUCUUCACCGACGUGGAGGCGUCGCUGAAGGAGAUCCGGGACCUGCUGGAGGAGGACGAGGCGCAGGAGCGGAAGCUGCAGGAGCUGCUGGGGAGGGUCCCGCCGGCGCCAGGGUCCCCCCCGGGGCUGGCCGAGGUGAGCAAGGAGUGCUCCAAGUACCUGGAGCUGCACGAGAAGGCGAGCUUCACCAACACCGAGCUGCACCGCGCCAUGAACCUGCACCUGGGCAACCUGCGCCUGCUGGGCGGCCCCCUGGAGCAGGUCCGGGCUGCGCUGCCCACACCCACCCUCUCUGAAGACGACAAACAGGUGCUGCAGAACCUGAAGCGGAUCCUGGCCAAGGUGCAGGAGAUGCGGGAGCAGCGGAUGUCCCUGGAGCAGCAGCUGCGGGAGAUGAUCCAGAAGGACGACAUCACCACCUCGCUGGUCACCACCGACCGCUCCGAGAUGAAGAAGCUCUUUGAGGAGCAGCUCAAGAAGUACGACCAGCUCAAGGUGUACCUGGAGCAGAACCUGGCUGCCCAGGAGAACGUGCUCAAGGCCCUGACCGACGCCAACGUCAAAUACGCGGCCGUGCGCAAGGCCCUGGCCGAGGUGGAGCACAAGUGGAACACGACCGUGCAGACCCUGGUGGCCUCCUACGAGGCGUACGAGGACCUGAUGAAGAAGUCGCAGGAGGGGAAGGAUUUCUACACGGACCUGGAGGGGAAGGCGGCCAAGCUGCUGGAGCGGGCGCGGGCGGCGUGCCAGGCCAGCGAGGCCCACCGGCAGCAGCUGCUGGAGAGGGAGCUGAAGAAGCAGCCGCCCCCCCGGCCCACGGCCCCCAAGCCCCCCCUGCAGAAGAAGCCCCCGGACGAGGCCGGGGGUCCCGAGCCGGCCGACUUGGGCUCCCUGGUGCUGUCGGAGCUGCCCGAGGAGCUGCGGAGCCUCCCCCCGGAGCUGCUGCCCGGGCCCCUGGCCGAGCGGCUGGAGCGGCCCGCGGCCGGCGGCGGCUCCGAGCUGGACGCGCUCUGGAAGGAGCUGCAGGAGGCUCAGGAACGCGACGCCCGGCAGCGCUCCAUCGCCAUCGCCCGCUGCUACUCCAUGAAGAACCGGCACCAGGACAUCAUGCCCUACGACCGCAACCGCGUGGUGCUGCGCUCGGGCAAGGACGACUACAUCAACGCCAGCCGCGUGGAGGACCUGUCCCCGUACUGCCCCGCGCUCAUCGCCACCCAGGCCCCGCUGCUCGGCACCGCCGCCGACUUCUGGCUCAUGAUCUACGAGCAGAAGGUGUCCGUGGUCGUGAUGCUGGUGUCGGAGCAGGAGCUGGACAAGAAGGUGCUCCGGUACUUCCCGUCGGAGCGGGGCCAGCCCGUGGCGCAGGGCCCCCUGACCGUGGUGCUCACCAGCCUGAGAGUGACCCCCACGCACGUGGAGCGGAUGCUGACGCUGCAGUACCGCGAGCAGAGCCUCAAACGCACCGUGGCCCACCUGCAGUUCACGUCCUGGCCCGAGCUGGGCCUGCCCGAGAGCAAGGGGAGCCUCCUGCGCUUCAUCCAGGAGGUGCACGGUCACUACCUGCACCAGCGCCCGCUGCACACCCCCGUCGUGGUGCACUGCAGCUCCGGCGUGGGCCGCACCGGCGCUUUCUGCCUGCUGUACGCGGCCGUGCAGGAGGUGGAGGCCGGGAACGGCAUCCCGGAGCUGGCGCAGCUGGUGAGGCGGAUGCGGCAGCAGCGCAAGCACAUGCUGCAGGAGAAGCUGCACCUCAAGUUCUGCUUCGAGGCCGUCCUGCUCCACGCCGAGCAGGUGCUGCUGCGCCACGGCGUGGGCGCCCCCGCCCCGGCCAAGGCCCCCAACAGCGCCUCCCCCAAGCUCUACUUCCAGCAGGACCCGCAGGACCUGGUGCUGGGGGGGGACGUUCCCAUCAGCUCCAUCCAGGCCACCAUCGCCAAGCUCAGCAUCAAAGCGGGGGGGCCCAGCGCGGAGCCCGGGGAGGGCUGGGGGGUGGAUCCCGCCCCCGCUCCGGACCCCGCCGAUCCCGAGGUGCCGCUGGUCAUUCCCGACGGCGUCGUGGACGGUGUUGACACCCCCGAGCCCCCCGCCCCUCGGCCGCCCCUCCCCGAGGCAGCGGGUGACGCUGAGAGCAGCAACCACGUAGUGGGGGAGAGCCCCGAGGGGCCGCCAGAGCCCCCCGCUGCCCCCCCGGCCUCCUCCUCCUCCUCCCUGGAGCUCCUGGCCUCGCUGACGCCCGAGGCCUUCAGCCUGGACGCGUCCCUCAAGGGCAAGCAGCGCAUGAACAAACAGAACUUCCUGCAGGCGCAGCCGGGCGAGGGGCUCCGGGGACCCCGGCCCAGCGAUGACCCCCUCAGCAUGCUCGACCCCCUCUGGACCCUCAACAAGGCGUGAGGGGGGCGGGGGCCCCCCGGCCCCCAGCCCCACUUCGUUUGACUCUGGGUAGAACUGACUUUUUCAGCUCUUUGCUACUAAAAUAAAGCGAGUUUAUCUGCA